AUGAGAAAGUUAUGGAAAUUUAAAGUUGAUGCGGAGUUGCUAAAUGAGGAAUCCCCCAGUGAGGCACCACAAGAUAUUCCUGCUACAGAAGGCCCUAUCCCUUGUAUAAAGCCGGAAGAGAUAACUCUGGCAAUCAAACGAAUGACAAAUAAUAAAGCCUGUGGUCCUGACGAUAUCCCUGUUGAAUUCUGGAAGCGAAUGGGAGAUACUGGCGUACUGUUUCUGACUAAACUUUUCAACAAGUUCCUAGCUGAUGAAAUUCCGGACGAAUGGCGGAAAAGCUUUCUCAUCCCUUUUUAUAAACAUAAAGGUGAUAUAAGACUCUGCGACAACUACAGAGCUAUAAAGCUGAUCUCACAUUCCUUCAAAAUAUGGGAAAGAGUCAUCAAUCAAAAGCUACUUGAAAUAACUAGCGUCACUGAAAACCAAUGCGGAUUCGCUGCCGGUAACCGAAUGCCCGUUCGCAUAAAGGGACGAGUAUACAAAACAGCCGUCAGACCAGCCAUGACAUACGGAGCUGAAUGCUGGCCUCUCAAAAAGCAGCACGAAAACCAACUGCACUGCGCAGAGAUGAAGAUGCUCAGGUGGGCAGGUGGUGUGACUAGGCUGGACCAUGUCAGAAACACACAUAUACGAGGAACCUUCAAAGUAAGACCUAUCCCAGAAAAACUACAGGAGAGCCGCCUGCGGUGGUACGGACACAUUAUGAGGCGACCAUCUGACCACAUGACCAGAAAAGUGCUGGAUAUUAAAACUAAGCCCCGAGGACGAGGAAGACCCCGAAUCACAUGGAUCGCUGUAGUAAAUAAGAACCUCAAACAAGCCCAAGUCACCAAAGAGAAGACCCAGGACCGUGUUGUCUGGAGGCACAUGAUACGGGGGGCCGACCCCAAAUGA